AUGGCUCAGACGAGCACAGAGGUACAUGAGAUCAUUGGCGUGGCUCGGACAAGUACUGAGGUACAUGAGAUCAUAGGCAUGGCUCAGACAAGUACAGUGGUACAUGAGAUCAUAAGCAUGGCUCAGACAAGUACAGAGGUACAUGAGAUCAUUGGCAUGGCUCAGACAAGUACAGUGGUACAUGAGAUCAUUAGCGUGGCUCAGACGAGCACAGAGGUACAUGAGAUCAUUGGCGUGGCUCAGACAAGUACAGAGGUACAUGAGAUCAUUGGCGUGGCUCGGACAAGUACUGAGGUACAUGAGAUCAUUGGCGUGGCUCGGACGAGUACUGAGGUACAUGAGAUCAUUGGCAUGGCUCAGAGGAGCACAGAGGUACAUGAGAUCAUUGGCAUGGCUCAGAGGAGCACAGAGGUACAUGAGAUCAUUGGCAUGGCUCAGAGGAGCACAGAGGUACAUGAGAUCAUUGGCAUGGCUCAGAGGAGCACAGAGGUACAUGAGAUCAUUGGCAUGGCUCAGAGGAGCACAGAGGUACAUGAGAUCAUUGGCAUGGCUCAGAGGAGCACAGAGGUACAUGAGAUCAUUGGCAUGGCUCAGAGGAGCACAGAGGUACAUGAGAUCAUUGGCAUGGCUCAGAGGAGCACAGAGGUACAUGAGAUCAUUGGCAUGGCUCAGAGGAGCACAGAGGUACAUGAGAUCAUUGGCAUGGCUCAGAGGAGCACAGAGGUACAUGAGAUCAUUGGCAUGGCUCAGAGGUACAUGAGAUCAUUGCCAUGGCUCAGAGGAGCACAGAGGUACAUGAGAUCAUUGCCAUAUUCAGAAAACCACCAAAGCUGA